UCAUUUCGCCACACAAAAAAUAAUACUAACAGUUCCUUCUUGUCACGUUGUAAUUGGCUACUGCCGGGAACCACUGGGGAACUAGGCUACUCUAUACCUACCCCCUCAACAAUUUAAGGGCUUUCCAAAAACAAUCUGACUCACUUCACGUGCAACUAACGAAGCAAUAUAUUAUGGUCCAACGUGAGAAACAAAACCAAGAGUUUAAGUCAACAUUCACCAGCUGAGAAUGAAUACUUGUCUCGUUCUCUUAUGCCUGCUCUCUGAAGCGGUCUCUGUAAACGUCGUAGCUAGAGGAGACACCAGGGUUGACUUCGAUGCCGACGCAUCAUAUACCUGCACUCAUGCGGACCCGACAGGUGUGCUGCAAGUCACCUGGCAGAGGCUGUUCAAAGACGACUCGGUGGAGAAUCUGGCCACCUACAGCAAGCGGUUUGGAGCUCAAAUCAUAGACCCGCACCGAGGCAAGGUGGUUUUCACGGAAGCAUCUCUCAACUCGACGUCUAUUACCGUGAAGAACGUAACAUGGGCAGACGACGCCUGCUAUAUUUGUUCCUUCAAUGUUUACCCGAGUGGAUCAAGACGCAAGCAGACGUGUCUUACCGUUCAAGGUUUAUCUGAAGUGAGAGCCACAAUGCAAAAAGUCCCCAGCACUGAACCUAAAGCAGACAUGGAAGUUGUGGUCAGCUGCUCUGCCACGGACCAAACUGUCACAGCCAAUAGCAACAUCACCCUCCAACUGUUGCCAGGCUCCGGGGGAUACGUGGACUGUAUCGUAAACAAUGGGAUGAGGACACAGAGACACGAGCGGGUCCUGCUUCCUAUUCUCCCUGGAGAGAGGGAGGCUGAAGAGGGCUACAUCAUCCCCAGGGGCAUGUCGUGA